ACUAUUUUUGCUAGCAUAAAUUCGCGACAGCUGCAGUGCAUCGUCAGAUUUUCAAACGAGCCAGACAGCGACUUAGGAUCAGUUCCUACAUCGAAAAACGACACCCUCCACGAAGAGUGAUUUUCCAAGACGAAAAAGGAGCGUCAACAUUGCCAAUCCAGAAUCAGAACUUUGACAUCGCAACUUAGUAAAGUAACCCACACUGAAGAUGGCUAAGCCCAAAGCUAUCGGGAUUGACCUAGGCACGACUUACUCGUGUGUUGGAGUCUUUCAGAAUGGCAAAGUGGAAAUCAUUGCCAACGAUCAAGGCAACCGGACCACACCAAGUUAUGUCGCCUUCACUGACACAGAGAGACUGAUUGGAGAUGCUGCUAAGAAUCAAGUUGCUAUGAACCCAAAGAACACAAUCUUUGACGCCAAGCGUCUGAUCGGACGAAAGUUUAAUGAUCAGUCAGUUCAAGCCGACAUGAAGCUUUGGCCAUUCACCGUGAUCAACAAAGGUGGCAAACCGAUGGUCGAAGCAGAGUACAUGGGAGAGAAGAAGCAAUUCGCCCCCGAGGAAGUUAGCUCAAUGGUCCUGACCAAGAUGAAGGAGGUAGCUGAAGCUUACCUGGGUCAGAAGGUCAAAGAUGCAGUGGUGACCGUGCCUGCUUACUUCAAUGACUCCCAGAGACAGGCUACCAAGGAUGCUGGGGUCAUCGCUGGCCUGAAUGUCCUCAGGAUCAUCAAUGAGCCCACUGCAGCUGCCCUGGCCUACGGACUGGACAAGAAACUCAAAGGAGAACAGAACAUCCUCAUCUUUGACAUGGGAGGCGGCACCUUCGAUGUGUCCAUCCUCACCAUCGACGAUGGUGUCUUCGAGGUGAAAGCUACUGCUGGAGAUACCCAUCUUGGCGGAGAAGACUUUGACAAUCUCCUGGUGGCACAUCUGGCUGCUGAAUUCAAGAGGAAGAACAAGAAAGACAUGUCCAACAACCCCAGGGCCCUGCGCCGUCUGCGUACGGCCGCUGAACGAGCCAAGCGCACGCUGUCCAGCAGCACGACAGCCAACAUCGAGGUGGACUCUCUCUUUGAGGGGAUUGACUUCUAUACCAGCGUCAGCAGGGCCCGGUUUGAGGAACUGUGCUCUUCGCUAUUCAGAAAGGCUCUUGGACCCGUUGAGCAAGCUCUGGUGGAUGCCAAACUAGAUAAGAACAAGAUUGAUCAGGUUGUGCUGGUAGGAGGCUCCACUCGAAUCCCCAAGAUCCAGAAGAUGCUGCAGGACUUCCUGAACGGGAAGGAACUGAACAAAUCCAUCAAUCCUGACGAGGCUGUAGCCUACGGGGCUGCCGUCCAAGCUGCCAUCCUGACAGGAGAUCAGAGUGAUGAAGUCAAAGACAUUCUCCUGGUAGACGUGGCACCCCUCUCUCUUGGCAUCGAGACUGCCGGUGGUGUCAUGACCAAGCUUGUGGAACGCAACACUCGCAUCCCAACCAAAGCAUCCAAGACCUUCAGCACGUACUCUGACAACCAGUCCGCAGUCACCAUCCAGGUCUUUGAAGGAGAGCGACCCAUGACGCAGCACAAUAACCUCCUAGGUACCUUUGAACUUUCCGGAAUUCCUCCUGCACCACGCGGUGUGCCACAGAUCGAUGUGUCCUUCGACAUUGAUGCUAACGGCAUUCUGAAUGUGUCUGCUCAAGACAAGAGUACAGGCAAGUCCAGCAGUAUCACCAUCAAGAACGAGAAAGGGCGCCUGAGCCAAGCUGAGAUCGACCGUAUGCUGGCAGACGCCGAGAAGUACAAGGCAGAGGACGAAGCACAAAGAGACCGCAUCACUGCAAGGAACGGCCUGGAGUCGUUCGCUUACAGCCUAAAGCAAGCCGUAGAUGAAGUCCCAGAGGGAAAACUGACCGAUGACGACAAGAAGACGGUACGGGAUGCCGUCAAAGAGACCCUGGACUGGAUGGAGAGAAACACUCUUGCUGAGAAGGAUGAGAUCACUCAUCAACAGGAAGAACUUUCUAGGAAAUGCUCUCCCAUCAUGACUAAGAUUCAUGGAGGAGGUAGACAGGCAGGUAGCCAGUUCCAAGGCGGGCCUUCAGGAGCAAGCCAAGGACCUACAGUUGAGGAGGUCGACUAAAUAGGAACUUUUAAUUGCUGAUUAAUUAGAUGUAAAUGAAUGCAAGCAGUUUGAUACAAGAGUCAAAGCAGGAAUCGCAGUUAUACUUAGAAGGUGACAUUAUUGUAAACACUUACCUAACUUAUGAAAGUGAUUGCGAAUGACCACAAAGAUAAUUUAAUUGUACACACACUAACAAUAGUCACAGCAUUACGUGGAGCUUGAAUGCAAGUGUAAAAUAAAACAAAUAGAGAAGACCAAAAUCUGCGCUUUGUUAGAAGUUAAAAGGAUUUGUGGCUGAUUAAAUAUUCUUUAAAAGGUUAGUAGAAACAACAACUUUAAGUGCACGCAUGUUCUGUUGAAAGCUCCAGCCGUUAAUACCGAACUGCAUACUAAUUAAUCAUAAAUUAAUAUCGGAGACUGUAUUUUGCACUUUUGUGUACAUGUAGAUUAUCGGACGUACAAAAAAAUAAAAGAUGCACUAACUUCAUCAAGUUUGCUUUGAAGCAAGAGUGUAAGAUUAGAAUGUGUGGAAUGUCAUUUUCAUCAACAUUCAUUUCAUUUAAUAAUAUCUUUAUAAUACACUUUCAAAAGUGAUACACUUUGAUUUUAGAAUUUCAUGUGAUACUGUAUUUCAUGUAAUAUGCACUUGUUGAAAGACAAUCAAAGUUAAGGUUUAUAAUGAUGCCAAAAAUACAGAGUUAGAAUUCGUUUAAGCAAGUGAAAAAAAAUUAAUCAGAUGUAAUUUUUUAAAAACUUAGCAGAAACAAUUGAAAAGAAACAACAAUAUUUACCGUGACGGUAAAACUGUUUAAAAGUUUUAAUUUGUAUGUAUUGUUCAGAACUAUUUAUUUUAUGUGUUUUGUUGUUAAUGCUUGCAAACCUCAAACUGUUUUGUGAAUUCAAAAAAGGUGUUCACGUGUAGUCUUUUGAUUUGCAGAAUUUACAGCAGCAGUUGAUCAGAAAAGGUUAUUUUUUAAUAAAGAUGGAUUUUGUUGUUGAACGGCAA